AUGCCGGCAGGUGGAACCAACGCCAACAUGAAUGACAACACGGCGGCGGCCACUCAGCAACGGAGGCGUGCGCCGCAAAAUGACAUCCCUUUGUCGAGCAUCCUCAAAAUCAUGCGCAGGGCUAUCCAUGGAAACAUGCGGAUCGCCGACGAUGCCAAGGAGACGGUCCAGAAAUGCGUGACGGAGUUCAUCCACUACGUCACCGCCAAGGCCAACGAGCGUUCCCGGCUGGAGAAGCGCAAGACGGUCACCGCCGACGAUCUCCUCUGGGCGAUGCGUGCCCUCGGCCUGGGAAACUACGCCGAGGUGCUCACUGACUUCAUAAUCGGCUACCGUGAGCAGCAGGAGUACGGCCGCGCGGCCACCCACCAUGUACCGAGCUACGCGGUGCCGGAGUUUUCUCCCGGUCCAAUGAACGACGCUGGUGGAUCCGCUUCCUCUUCUUUUCCCUACCGCGGUGACUAUAUUAUUGAUCCCUCAUAUCCCCCCAACUUCAACGGUUAA